AUGAAUAUCGCAGAGUUUGCAGAGGACGAGUUCUUGAUCGGUUUCCUCGAAGGAACUCAAGAACUUGUCGCCACCAACAUACAGGCAAUCAAGAGGGCGCUAAACAAGAAGCUUGAUGCAAACGAAGAAGAAUCGGAAUACACGGUCUUUUCAUAUGUUGGGUCGCAGGUUGCUCAGCAACUAAGCAAGGAUGGAGGCUUGCGCCGUGAAAUCGGCAUGAGGAUCUUCUAUGACGCUACUUGUCGCAAGUUGAUUGUCAAGAUACCCACAGGCCUCCACGGAGGGGCUACCGAGACCCUCUCAUUUCUCAUCCUAGAGGCGGCAUCAAGGCAGGGACUGAGGGGUAAGCUGAGACCGGCCGGGGCCCAAACAUUUGUGGAUGGCCCGUAUCGCAAAGAGCCUGAUGCGGCAUUUAUCCCGGAGGUACCUAUUCCUGGGCGGGACAGAACGUGGCCCACUAUUGUUAUCGAAACCGGUGUUUCGGAGAGUGUGGCAAGGCUCCGUAUUGAUGCUUCGUGGUGGCUUGCCAGAUCGAAGGGCUUGGUGAAACUUGUGAUUUUGAUCUCAGUCAGUCGUGUUCAGCCCAAAGUUGGCCUGGAGUGCUGGAAAUUGGGGGCUGUCCAGCACUCCCAUAAUCUUCGGAGUUUAUCCCAGGCCCCCCUGCGUCCAACCAAGACCCAAUCAAUCACGAUAACUCGUUCUGGUGGCAGUACAAUGGUUAUGGGGGCGCCACUGGUCAUCCAAUUUCAGGAUGUGUUUGUCAAUCCCCCUUCUGGCCCUCUUCAGGGUGAUUUCGUUUUCGGGGCCGCGCUUCUGGAAGAAAUUGCUCGCUCAGUUUGGCAGGCCCAGGGUAUCAUCUAA